CAGCUCUGCUGGCGCAUUAGGCGCGGCUCCCUCUCGGCCUGCCUGACGCUCGCUGUUGGCGCACAUGCGCAGAGGAGUGCGAGUGAGUGUCUCGCCGCUGCUGCCUCCUGCCCUGUGUCAUCCCUUUCCCCGCCUGCCCCUCCCACCUCGGCAAUGGCGGACAGCGCCAGCGAGAGCGACACCGACGGGGCCGGCAAUAGCACGACAGCCAUGCAGACCUGUUCCCCGGCUUCUUCAUCUUCGGGCAAGUCCGGCAUCGUCAUCUCGCCCUUCCGCCUGGAGGAGCUCACUAACCGGCUGGCCUCCCUGCAGCAGGAGAACAAGGUGCUGAAGAUCGAGCUGGAGACGUACAAGCUGAAGUGCAAAGCCCUGCAGGAGGAGAACCGCGACCUGCGCAAAGCCAGCGUCACAAUUCAAGCGCGGGCAGAGCAGGAAGAGGAGUUCAUCAGCAAUACGCUGUUUAAAAAGAUCCAAGCUUUGCAGAAAGAGAAGGAAACCCUCGCCGUCAACUAUGAGAAAGAAGAGGAGUUCCUCACUAACGAACUGUCCCGCAAACUCAUGCAGUUGCAGCACGAAAAGGCUGAGCUGGAGCAGCACCUGGAGCAGGAGCAGGAGUUCCAAGUCAACAAGCUUAUGAAGAAGAUUAAGAAAUUAGAGAAUGAUACCAUCUCCAAGCAGCUCACCCUGGAGCAGCUGAGGCGGGAGAAGAUUGACCUGGAGAACACACUAGAACAGGAGCAAGAGGCCCUGGUGAACCGUCUCUGGAAGCGAAUGGACAAGCUGGAGGCUGAGAAAAGGAUAUUACAGGAGAAAUUAGACCAACCUGUUUCUGCUCCACCGUCGCCACGAGACAUCUCAAUGGAAAUCGACUCCCCGGAAAACAUGAUGAGACACAUUCGAUUUCUGAAAAAUGAAGUAGAGAGGCUGAAGAAACAGCUGAGGGCCGCGCAACUGCAGCACACUGAGAAGAUGGCGCAGUAUUUGGAGGAGGAGCGCCACAUGAGGGAGGAGAAUUUAAGGCUUCAGAGGAAGUUGCAGCGGGAGAUGGAGCGGCGGGAAGCUCUUUGCCGACAGUUAUCAGAAAGCGAGUCCAGCUUAGAAAUGGAUGAUGAAAGGUAUUUUAAUGAGAUGUCGGCACAAGGCCUGAGGCCUCGCACUGUGUCCAGCCCAAUACCGUAUACGCCAUCGCCAAGUUCCAGCAGGCCGAUAUCACCCGGCCUGUCGUACGCAAGUCACAACGUGGGCUUCACGCCCCCAACCUCUCUGACCAGAGCCGGAAUGUCGUACUUUAACUCGCCAGGUUUACACGUGCAACAUAUGGGAUCAUCUCACGGUAUCACGAGACCUUCUCCUCGAAGAAGCAACAGCCCAGACAAGUUCAAGCGCCCUACGCCACCUCCAUCUCCCAACACCCAGACUCCAGUUCAACCUCCGCCGCCACCGCCUCCUCCAGCGCAGCCUGCAGCGUCUCAGUCCUCAGCCUCCCACAAUUCAGUGCACCCCUCCUCUCAGCCCUAGUGCAUGACCUUUGCAGUCUCUGCCUUUUGAGUUGGACUCAUAACGUGGGACAGUUUACCGAAAGCCAAAGGCUUCCCUGUCAUAUUUCGAUUUUGACUAUUUGCACUGAGGUUCCAUAGGCUUCACUGUUUAAUCGUGUUGUAAAUGUUUGUCUGCGAAACGCAGCCAGUGUUGUGGGUCUACAGCGUUACCUUCCCAACACGUAUCCCCCACCGUCCAUGUUUAAGGAGAAAACUACAUGUGCGCUCAUCCUCGGCUGGAACACUCGCUACUUGGUAUUGAGUAGAACAAACCAUGUUAAGUCGCGCUGCUCCGACGCUUUUAGGUUUGUGUAAUCAAAGGGAUACCUUGGGGUUUUCUUUUUAAUUUUUUAAGUUCCCCUUCGUUGGUCUGCGUACAAAUGAAAACGCAUGAUGGUCUGGACUGUUUUUUUUUUGUAUUUUAAUGGGGUAUCCCAAGCUUACAGUAAUUAAUCACUACAUAUGAUCAAUAUUAAUGAACUUACAGGGGCAUGUGAAACCACUGCAGUUACUGGGCCCAUCUGCAUUGAGGGGAAUAAUGUCGGAAUCAGUAAACCAGCAUUUCUGCUUAAUAACGGUAGGCCACCUGUUGGAAUAUAGCAGCAUGUUUUAUUGCAGAGCUUAGAAAUAAAGCACAGCGUUGAGCUAGAAGAUGCUGACGCAGCGCGCAGAGCAAUGCUAUAGGCUGCCGGUACGCAUAGGGGUUCUAUAGAGAAAUCAUGUUCUAGACUUGGGGGGAGGGGGGUCAUUCAGUGCCUGUGAUUUGCAAAACAUUUUAUAUUUUACUAUACAUACAACCGAGGGUCUCGCGCGUGACACACAACGCCGCGCCGACUCGCAGAGAACUUAUUCGUGGGUGACAUGGUCGUGAAACGUGGGAAAACAUUUGUUUCAAUAUGUGGAAUGUAUUGUAAAUGGAUCUUUAAAACCUAAUCGUAUCAGUUUUAGAUAAUUGUAUCCCGUAAGCUGUCCGCCCAUCCAUUUCCGAUAACGCCACCGGUUUUUGAUUUCUUUUUUUUUAUGUCCAGUUUCAAAGGCUUUGGGGUGUGUAAAUUUGGCUAAAGGAGAAUGGAAGCUAAAAUACAAGCUGCUCCCGUGUAAUAGAACUAGAGAUGCGCCCAAACCCUCACGCUUUUGUAUGGCCCAAUAUCCAACCUCUCAACUGUAAUUGGCACAGAGAAAUUUGUCUCAUUCUGUUUGCCGUAGCUUUAAAGUCACAUGAUUUGAAAGUCUGGCUCAACUAAACAUAGGUUUUGGCCGAUUUCCUGCAAAAAUGAACACUCUCCCUACAGCAGCUUCUGCUUUGCUCAGGAAGUGCUCAGGGACGGGGGCAAAGGGCAACUCCUCCCUUCCUUCUGGCGAGCUACUCAUGUUUGGGAAUAUUAGAAAAUUCUUUUAGAAAGGGGAAACUUGGAUUUUUUUAGAUUUCCUUUUAGAAACACAUUGCCUUCUUAAUAUUAUUUUUUUUUUUUGGAAAGCAUUUUAACAGGCAAAUCCAGUUGUAAUAGGAGGUCUGUGCGAAGGUGGAUUUUGCAUUCCUUCCCUGGAGUUUUCCCCAGUGAAAAUUGCCUUUUAAGCUACGUACGUAACCCCUGUAGGUGGAGCAGAGAGAGUGUAAGGCCGGACGCCUGGCUUUUAUAGAGGCUCUUUGGUUUUUAGUUAGAUUGUUCCUGGGCACCCAUGGGCAGAAAGCUUAAUGCCAUUGGAAAUGGAAGUUUUAGCAUUGGCUGCUCAGCAAAUCAGGUUACAGAGAGCGCAGCUUGGCACUAAUGAAUGCUUAUUUAGCAGAAUACUGAAAGCCGGUACUAUGUAUAAAGGAAUUAUUUUCAGAGAACUUUUUUUUUUUUCCAUUCAUUUAGCACAAAUAAAUUGUUUGGGUUCACUUUGCAGUGGAA